AUGCUGCCACCCCAUGAUAGGAAAGCUUUGCAUCGCAAUGAUUCAGGCUCCAUCCGACUAUCUAGUUCUACGUCCAAUUCAUUAGAAUCGCAAAUUCUGGGGCCGCGAAGCAAUUUAGACGAAGUCGCUGCACCACCUCCAGUAUACAUAUCCGCAGAAAACCCAGAAAGACAGCAAGAGUUCCUCGAAACUCGCCGCUCUCAAGAUGAUCGUGAAUCCCUUCCGCUGCAUCAGGAAACUGAACCCGCACAACUGUACACACAAGAUGCUGGCGUUCCAGAUACACCAAAGCCGUCGAAAAAGCGAACGCUCUGGAAGAUUCUUCGAAAGACCUGCAUUAUUGGCUAUCUCAUAUUUUUCUCAAUUGCUGGCACUGUUCUACGACUAGCUAUUGAAUGUCUAACAUUCUACCCCGGCACACCCGUCAACACCAGUGUCCUCUGGGCCAAUGUAGGAGGGAGCUUCAUCAUGGGAUUUCUGAGCCAAGACCAAAGCCUCUUCCGCGUCGAUAUCUCACACACUGCACAAGCGGCAACGAACCACAAAAAGACCAUCCCUCUAUACAUUGGCCUGACAACUGGUUUCUGCGGUAGUCUCACCUCCUUCUCUACGUUCAUUCGUGAUGCCUUUCUUGCUCUGUCUAAUGACCUGGCUGUGUCCCUUGGAUCCUACUCUCAUACUUCGCUAUUUACCUCAGUUCCGGCCGGAGCUAAGGCUCCCAAUGGAGGAUUCAGUUUCAUGGCCAUAGUAGCGGUGCUGCUUACCGAGAUUGGGCUGUCGGUUUUCAGUCUCUUUCUAGGUGCUCACCUUGCCAUCGGUACAUCUGCUUGGAUGCCUACUCUCCCACAGCGCUGGGUGUACAAGUUCCUAGAUCCUCUUGUGUCCAUCCUAGCGAUCUUAUCUUGGGUAGCUGUGAUUUGUCUUGCAGCAUUAUUCUCACAGGGCAUAGGGGAAGUCUCACUCUGGAGUACGGAAAUGUGGGAAGGACCAACUAUAUUCGCACUUGUAUUUGCGCCACUUGGGACCUUGGUGCGGUUCUUCAUAUCCUUGAAGCUUAAUGGCCGCAUCGCGUCAUUUCCAUUAGGGACAUUCGUUGUUAAUAUGAGUGGUACCAUGAUACUAGGAAUGGCGUACUCGCUGCAACAUGCUUCAUUCAGUGGAGCAAGCUUUGCUGGAUGUCAGAUCUUGCAAGGAAUCAUGGACGGGUUCUGUGGGUGUCUGACAACUGUGAGUACGUGGGUUUUGGAACUGUCUGGCCUUCGCAAGAGACACGCAUAUUUUUACGCAGCUUUGAGCGUUGUGGUCGCACUAUGUGCACUUGUCAUAGAGAUUGGGAGCUUGAAGUGGACUCAAGGUCUUGAUACUCCCUUAUGUUUCAGGGAUAUAUAG